AUGAGCAGCAGCAACAACAACACUGUCUUUACCAAGGAAUCUCCUGCUGUGAUUGCCGCAGUAGAAGCUGGCGGUACUUCCUUUGUGGUUGCCAUUUGUCAUCACGUCAGCAGUAAUACUAAUGCUACCGAUAACAACAACAACAAUCUACCCACCAUUAUCGCGCGUCACCAAGUCGACUCGAGUCAUGACAACCCUGCCCAGACGUUGGACGAAUGCUGUGCCUUUUUGAAACAACACAAACCACCGAAUGGAUAUCAUGCCUUGGGCAUUGCGUCGUUUGGACCGCUGGGAGUGCAUGUCGAUCGACCCGACACGUACGGAAAAAUUUUGGCGUCCACCCCGAAGGCACACUGGCGUCAUGUCGAUCUCUUGACACCUCUUCGAGCCGCUUGUCAAGGCACACUGCCACUCAAAAUCAAAGUGGAUACCGACGUCAAUGCUCCCGCCAUGGCCGAGCAUUUGUUAUUAUCUUCUACUAGUAGUAGCACAAGCACGAGCAGUAGUUUGGCCUACAUUACCGUGGGCACUGGCAUUGGUGUCGGUUUGGUUGUCAAUCACAAACCGGUCCACGGUCGCAUGCAUCCCGAAGGAGGUCACGUUCCCGUACAACCAUUGCCCGGCGACACUUUUGAAGGCUAUUCUUGGGGUGCCAAGUGUCCCUUUCACGGCAAGAAUACCGUCGAAGGAUUGGCCAGUUCCGUGGCACUCACCGAGCGAUACUUGUCCAACAACAACAAUAAUAACGAUCGCAGCAUUCUGGCCACACUCUCGGACGACGACGAGCUGUGGGAUCACGCCGCCAAUGCCCUCGCCAAUCUCUGUACGACCCUCUUGCUCACACUCAGUAUGGAAACCAUUGUGUUGGGAGGAGGACUGAUGCAACGCAAAGGACUCUUGGAAAACAUUCAACAACGCACCCUUCAAUUGAUCAAUGGAUAUCUCGUGUUGCCCGAUAUUACCACGGUCAUUGUCACGAGUCGAUUUGGAAAUGAUGCUGGAUUGAUGGGAACCAUUGUGCUGGCACAAAUGGCAUUGACGGACAGCAACAAUAACAACAAAAAGGACGACAAAGCCACCGAGAAGACUAUGAAACAAACCGCGUUCCAGGCGGGUCUCUGGCAUGGAACUCUUGUCGGUAUUGUAGGGACGGCUCUGGUCUGCAAAUAUUGGUUCCUAGACGGAAACAAACGAAAGUAA